AUGAUCAAUAUUCCAACUUCGAUUCUCUGCCGCAUCGCCGCGCGACCAACAUUUGCCAGAUCCUUCACCACCUCGGUGAUCGCCAAGUCGGACGCGAAAACUCCAAUCCAAAAGAUCGGAUGGGAAUACCUUAUGAAGCAACGCGCUUUGAAGCGUCCGAUUGCCCCACAUCUCACCAUUUACCAGCCGCAGCUCACCUGGAUGCUUUCUGGAUUCCACAGAAUUAGUGGAUGCGUGAUGGCCGGCACGUUGUUGUUCGGCGGCGUCGGUUUCGCCCUUCUUCCCAUCGACUUCACCACAUUCGUCGAUUACAUUAGAAGCUGGAAUCUUCCAUGCGCGGUCACCGCCGUGUUCAAGUACAUCAUUGCGUUCCCAAUCAUUUUCCAUACUUUGAACGGCAUCAGAUUCAUCGGAUUCGAUCUCGCCAAGGGUGUCGACAACAUCGGACAAGUCUACAAGACCGGAUACCUUGUCGCCGGAUUGUCAGCAGUCAUCGCGUUCCUCGUUGUUCUUAACGCUUGCCAGAACAAGAAUAAGAAGCAAUAA